GGCGGGUGAGCCCUUCCUCGACACGCAGCUGGCAGAGCUAAAGCUAUGGAGAGUUGAAUCCACUUCAGUUUGUCUCCCCGAGCCACCGUCAGAGGCAGUCUCCCAGGGAGAGCAUGAGCCUCAACUCCCAAGAGUGGAAGGCAGCAAGGAAAAGAGACUUUAGUACAGCAGCUCCAAGAUCCUGGCUCUGCUCUAAGGACAGCUCCAGGACAGUUUGAGGGCUCAGAAAGGUUUGAGCUCACCUGCCUUCCCUGGGAUGAAGCCUCAGCCCUGCCCAGCCCACAUUCGCAGACUUCCUCAUACUUCAGGAGUUUUUUCCUGUGAUUUCUUUUGAUACCCACACUGUUACUUUUCCAAGCUCCUGCUUUGGCUGCUGCUCUCAAAUGGCACUUGGUGACUGGUCUCUCCUUAUGGUUUUGUUAAAAAAUAGGUUAUUUUGUUAGAAAUCUAAUUUGCAUGUUAAGGAUCUCCCCACCACCACCACCACGGGCAGCAUGGAAAGCAUGCAGGAGCUCCAGAACCCGCUCUUGGCCAAAUCCAAUGGCCACCUUCGCAGCAGCUAUUCUUACCACCAGCACCACAGCCAGGACUACCCCAGCCACCGCUGCCAGGGGAAACUGUAUUCCUACAUAUUCCAAAACACUGGUGGUGCCAGGACUCACCAGCUGCUGGAUGCCAGUUCCCUGCAGCUGGCUGUUGAAGCUUUGUACGGCCCCAGUUUCAUCCUUGUGAAGGAUGAGACUGCUCUCAAGGCCAAGGACAGCAAGAUGGAAAGCUGUGAGACCACUUUUACGGAAAGCAAAGAGUCACCAUCUGAAGCUCCUGAAGGGCAAGAGGCACAAGGGUCCUGCCUGGUAGAGAGUGACAUCCGUAUCCAAACUGUUUCCUAUGAGGUGGAGGAAGAGGAGCUCCAGGAGUAUGAGAGCGACUCCUCCAGCGACAGCGAAAGCGAGGAUCAUUUCCUGAUGCUUCCCCCCCGGGACCACUUGGGCUUGGCCCUUUUCUCCAUGCUGUGCUGCUUCUGGCCCCUGGGGAUUGCUGCCUUCUACUUCUCCCAAGGGACCAGCAAGGCUGUCUCCAAAGGAGAUUUUCAUCUGGCCAGUUCAGCUUCCCGCCGAGCUCUCUUCCUUGCCGCGCUCUCCAUAACCAUUGGCACAGGAGUGUACAUCGGGGUGGUGGUAGCACUGAUUGCUUAUCUCUCGAAAGGCAGCCACGUGUAGCUGCCACCUGCAUGUCACUGCCAUCCCUGGCCGCUGACCCUUCUGGGACUGAGCUUUCCUGCAGAGCACCGAGCACCAGCGCCUGCGAGGGCUGCUUGCACAGCAGGGCCCCAGCAUGGAUGUCCUGUGCAGGUUUCUUCCUCUUUCAGACAAACAGUAGACCCCUGUUCUCCCUGAACUUGUGGUGUGUGACCAUCUAACAACAGGGAAUUGAGCACCAGCCUGGCUGCUGGGACAAGGAGGAGCACAUUUGCCUGGUGGAAGAUGUGCAGGAGGGAAACCAUGCGCUGCUGCUGGGCUGGUGCAACCACCCCAGUCUGGGGCUACAGCUUCCCUUCUCAGCCCCGCAGCUGGGAGAUCCAUCACUUGCCCAGGCUUGGCCCAUGAAGGGUACACACAGGAAGAAGAGGGAGUAUGGUGCCAGGGAAUGACUGCUGCUUCUUCUGGGAGUCCUGCUGGGGUCUCCAGAGUCCUGUGAUGGGGACAACAUUCUCACUUCAGUGCCGUGGGGUGGCCUGACCCCUCAGCUGCAGUGAAGUAGGAGGACAGAGCACGGACAAGACCAACAGGCAUGCUCUCUGCAUCCAUCGGCAGACAGACCCCCAAUCCACAGCAGAACAUCCCAGUUCCUGGUCUAUCCCAGAUCAGAAGCAGGAGGAAGGCAGGCUGGUGGUUGCACACCAUCUCUCCCAUUGUUGGUGCAAGCUGGUAGAGACAGCAAGGUUUUCUCUGUGUUAAUAGUGACUGCUAUGGUGAUCCCAAGUCAGAGCCCUCAUAAGGUUGCUGUCCCAGAGUGCUGGGCCCUCAAAAGUUUUUUAAUGGAAAUCUCUAUCUAAGAAGUGUCCUGGGAGGGGUGCUGGCCUUGAAAGGUUCCACUCCUAGUGCUAGGUCAGGGCCCUGCACACGAAGAGAAAUGGAAAGAAAAGGAUGACAAAACCUGCAGAAUCUGGGGUGGGAGUUCUGCUUGUGAGGGGAAUGAGAUCCAGAGAAGGAAGAGGUGUGGAAGGAGCCUGAGACACAGGGUGACCUCAACACACUCCUUCCCAUGCCUUGGAGAGAGGUAUCUCCAUCCAUCCAAAAGUCUCUGGUAACAAGGAAAUACCAAGCACCCCCACCCUGGCCCAUACAUCUUACUUUUGCUUAUUUGUAUAUUGUCAGCAACACAUUAAAUGCUUCAGAAAUGGGUAUGAAGGCAAUGGUUGCCCCAAAGGGCUGGCGUUAAGAAGCCAUGCCUUGCCCCUUACUCUCCAGCAUCCACCUUUGACCAUCCCUCCUCUCUCUGGCUCUCCUGUUGCCUCUUGUCCCCAUGUGCAGGAGACUGCAGGCAGACUCUGGGCAUCCCUCAUCCCCUUCCCAGAGUUUCUGGGCAGGCUGCAGCCAGCUUUGCAAGAGAGGCAGCAUGUUCCUCCAGCUGGGUGCCAUUCAAAUGUACAUUUCAUCCUAAAGAAGCAUGUUAAUGUCUGCGAUUGCCAUUGUACUUGAGCCAUAAAAGAGAGAAGUGCAUCAGAGACCUGUACAGAAGUUGGUCUGAAAGUUCCCAUUAUGUUUUUUAACAUGGAAGAACUAAUAAAAAAAGCAGGAGAAAAGAGUCUGUUUAUAAUAAUGUGGAGCUGGCUGUCAAAGAGGUGAGCUUCACAAGAAUGCCGCACUCACUUAAACCUGAGAUGUUUAUGCUGUUCCUGAAGGAAGUUAUAAUCUAGCUGGUGUCUGGGUAUCUUGGAGGGAGGUGUAUUUCAAUGCAGAUCACAGUGGGCAAAUACCACCGAGAGCAGAAUGGUGGUGUAAGCUUUUUUUCCCCUGUGUAGUUGGACAAGAAUUAGGGAGAAAGACUGGAGCAUCUGUGUGUAGUAGAAGCAUAAAAUCUGCUUGAAGAGGGGCAGAAAAAUACAAACAACAGGAGGAAAUAAGGAGAUUUCUUUCU